AAAUUAAAUAGACCCUUUAUAAACCAUACUGGUAAAAUCAACUAUGUUACAAGUCUUAUAGACUGUGCUAUAGCCUGUGAUGAAUUAUUUUCAAAAGAAGACGAUCUGACCCAACUUUUACUAAGAAAAAACGUAUGGCUUCUGUGCUAUUGAUGGUGAAAGUGAAGAUAUUGAAGAAAUAUCGGGAGAAUAUAGUACGGUGAAUUUGAAUGAAACUGGUUGUGAAUUUUUUCCCAUAUAAGACUUGUGCCUUAAUGAAGCAACCGAGUGCAUCCGCCCGCUUUGGGCAAGUGAGGAAUUUUUUAAUGUCUUGAUUCAAAAAUUCUUAGUUUUUGCGAAAAAAAAUUCUUAUAGUCGGUUUACUGGACGUAUAUAAUUACAACCCGCAAGACAAAAAAGAAGAAAAAUCAGAAUAUGUACUACAAUAUGCAGACGACACUGCACUGAUCGCACAUGAAACACUUACCUAUGUGUGAUAGCACUAUAGACAAACUUUAAGCACUGACAAAUAAAGCAAUGGCAUGGUUCUACAAAUGGAGAGUGACACCAAACUCCACAAUGCAAGCAGACGGUUAAACCAUCGCACACGCAAAGUACUUGAGCAUUGUGAUUGAGUAUCAAAUGAAAUUCUCAAAGCAUGCAGAAAACGAAACCGAAAUCACUGAAGAGCGCAAAACACUCAGUCGCUGACCUACGAAUGCGGAGAGAAAUGGCAAACAAAUGUCUUGACCAAGUCUUUGUCGUAGGAUUCGAUUUGGAGUGGCCUUUCAGUUUCCAAACUGGUCCUGGAAAAACCGCUCUUAUGCAAAUUUGCCCCACCACACAUAUUUGCCAUUUAUUUCACUUUACACAUCUAAAGAAACUACCUAAGGGCUUAUACGAGUUCUUACAACAUCCGAAAGUGAGACUUACAGGAAUAAACAUUAAAAACGAUGUCCGUAAACUAGCAAGAGACUUUGGGGGAUUUGAUGUAAAUAAACUUUUAAACAACUGUAUCGAUUCUGGAGUAAUGGCAAAUGGAAUUCUUCCAGUUACACAGAGAUGGAGCAUGGAGAAACUAGUUGAUUAUGUGUUGAAAAUGAAGGUGAAUAAAGAUAAAAGCGUUAGGAUGAGCAAAUGGCACAUUGUACCCUUAAGCAAGGAACAGAUCCAGUACGCAGCAACAGAUGGAUAUGCAUCGCUGCUAAUUUAUAUAAAAUUAAAAGAAACUGAAAUGGAUACUAGUGAAUUGCAUCUGCCUUUUAAACCGCAAGGUGCAACAUUGUCGAAGACGAUGAGGUACAGUCGACGAUGUCUUCCGUGCCUCGGUGAAAUACGUUCUGUAGAGCAUUUGAUUUGGGGAUAGAGCUAGA